AUGCAGAAGGGGUCGAGUCUUGCAAGCCACGGAGGAGUGCGGCCGUCCGCGUCAAAGCAUUCCGGAGAGCGGAACAGCACAAGCGUCAAACGCAACUCGCGGUCUAGACGCACCAAGCAGGAGUUGAGCUGCCGCUCCAACGACCUCUGGCAGGAGGUUGAGUCGGCCAUUCACGUUCUCGACAAUGGCGUGGACCGAACCCCGUUGCCGCUGCAGAAGCGGUCAAACGCCAAAGGAGUCCCCCGUGACAGUCAUCAGGCCAGCACUUCCAUCAGCCUGCUGCUUCCGGUGGAGAGCAGUUCGGUCUUUCACUCCUCGUUGAUGAACAGCAGCUCUAUGGAGGCGUUGAAUCUCGCGUCGAAUAUGAGCCCGUACAGCCCAUCACAUACCGGCGCCUUAACGGCGUCGACGUCGCUGACAAGCGUCUCGGUUGACCGCCGUCCCUCUGUUUUCUCUUCCGGCUCUGUCUCUGCCACGGGUCCACUGGUGCCGCAGCAUGCUGGGACGUUGCAGAUGGAGCUGGAAGGCAUCGAGGCUCCGCAGAAACCCCCCUUAACACGCGAAGGAACGCGCAAGUGGUUUGAGGAUAAAACAACCAUUGUCCUCUGCGAGACCCCCACGAUUAUGCUGUACACGCACCAGGAUGAAAUAGUGCCUAAUGAGCGGAGGGAGGAGGUGCGGCAGGUGCAGCAGCGCAACGCCGCCUACACGGCGCUAGUGGAGGCAAAGCGCGUGGAUGAGGGCACGCGCUUUCAGGAGAAGGGGGCCUGGACCUUCCUGGCACCGAAGAAGUCGAUUCACUGCUCCAUUUGCCCUCCAAGGAAGAAGAAUGCGGGCCCGUUGCAGGUGACGCCGUGGAUGCUGCGCGACCAGUUCGCCGCACUCACCGUCGACGACGCAGACGAGCUGGAGGACGAGGAGGACAGGGACGACGAGGAGGACGGCGAGCUGGCGGAGGCCGCGGAGGAGCCGGAAAGAGAGGCUGCUUCCGAGGGUGCGAGCGGGGCACACAGCACCCGGUCGAACGCGCGGUCGGCGGUGUCGUGGAUGCUUGCGGACUCCCUGCUCUCGACGCUGCGAGUCAUGGAGCGGGUUGUUGUGCAAAACACGAUGGAGGAGGUGCAGCUGUCGUACCGAGGCAUUACGAUGGACCCCGCGGCACGCCGUGUGCCGCGGCCGCCAGAGAAGGAAGAGAUCGGCAACGUGGACGAGCACGAGACGGCCGUGUCGGCUGAGGUGCAAGACGCACAUGAGACGACGGCAGCGGCGGCCGCCACGCCUGCGGUGAAGGCGGAACUUCCUCCACUGAGGAUGUCGGAGGACAUCAAAGGCUUGUGGACCUUUCGCUCCCCGCUCACGGCGGACCGCGCCGUGACUUGCAUGGCGUGGAACUGCAAGGAAUCCGACAUUCUCGCCGUUGGCUACAGCGCGGUUCACGCAAAGGAGGGGCAAGGCGUGGCACAUGACCCCAUGUUGCACGGUGGCAUUGUCUGCUGUUGGUCACUGAAGAAUCCCCUCGCACCGGAGCGUGUCAUUCGCCUCAGCACAGAGGCGGGCGUGUCUUCGGUGGCGUUCUCGUACGAGCACCCGAGUCUUCUCGCCGUGGGUAACAUGGAGGGCGGCAUUGUCAUUUACGACAUCCAAAAAGACACAAGCACGCCUGCCAUAAAGGCAACUUCGACUAGCGGGCAGCACACUGGGGCGGUGUGGGAGCUGAAGUGGGUGGCGCGUGGUAAAGAGCGUGGGGAGUUCCUCAUGUCCAUCUCCGGCGACGGACGUGUGGUGCAGUGGGCGGUUGGAAAAACACUUGAGCGUGUGGCCCCAGAUCUCAUGACGCUGAAGCGGCAACACGGCGCCGCCUGUGAAUCCGCGUUUGCGGACGACGGCAGUAGCGCGGGCAAGGGCAACGGUAAUGGGCAGCAGCGACGCAAGAUGGACGCGUUGUUCUCGCGGCAGUGCGGUGGCAUGUGCCUGGACGUGUCCCCGGCGGACGGCACGGUGUACGUCGUCGGUUCCGAGGACGGCUCGAUUCACCAGUGCAACAAGAGCCAGACGGAGACCUACGAGUUGGACUACGCCCCCCACUCGGAGCUUGUCUACCGGGUGCGGUGGUCACCGUACAGCGACGCCUUUUUCCUCACCUGCUCCGCCGACUGGAGCUCGCGCCUGUACCGUCUUGGGCAGUCCGCCCAGCUCCUGACGUUUGAUAGCCCGAACCAAAACGCCGUGCAGGACGUCGCGUGGUCCUUCACAAACUCCACCACCUUCGCCACCGUGACGGCGCAGGGAAACGUGGAGAUGUGGUCCGUGACGGACUCCAUCCGCCCCCGCUCCACCGCGCAGUUUCUGGAUCAGCGCCGGCUCGCGAGCGUCCUCUUUGCGGAGCAGGAGGCGGCCGUGCUGGUGGUCGGCGACGAGAAGGGCGACGUCACGGUCUUCCGUCUCCUGGCGCCGUGCUACAGCAACAUGAACAUGACGGCCGACGAGCAGGAGCAGCAGCUCGAGGAGGCCAUCCGCAAGGCGAUCUCGUAA